AUGGAAACCAAGCUACUGCUGUGGAAACGAGGUGACCCGAGAGGAGACAAAUGCUUGGACAUCAACGUUCUCCUAGACAGCUAUCUUAGUCGCGGACUUUCCUGUCGCGCGCGUCACCGCGAUGGUGAAACUCCGCUGCAUCGUGGAGAUUACACAACAUUGACAAUGGCACGAUCAAUUCUGGUUUGCGGCGCGACUGGAAAGCAGGGCGGCGCAGUCAUCAACCGCCUCGUCGAACAGAAUGCCGACUUUGAGAUCCUCGCCGUCACCCGCGACGCGACCUCGGGGUCCGCCCAGCGUCUUCUUAAGAAGUCGUCCAGUAUUCACCUUGUGCAGGGAAAUUUGGCGGACCCGGCAGCGCUGUUCAAGACCGCGCAGGGUGUUGCCACGUCUCCGAUCUGGGGAGUCUUCAGCGUGCCCAUGGGCUUUGGCCAAGGCGGAGGCGGCGAACUAGGCCAAGGCAAAGCCCUCGUCGACGCAUCCCUCAAAGCCGGCGUCAAGUUCUUCGUCUACACCUCCGUCGAGCGACACGGCGCAGAAAACGCGACUAACGUGCCUCACUUCGCCCACAAGCACGAGAUCGAGCAGCACCUCUUCAACAAGUCCAAGGGCACCGACAUGGAGUGGGUCGUCCUCCGGCCAGUGGCUUUCAUGGAGAACCUCAUGGACAAUUUCUUUGGGAAAGUGUUUGUCACGUCGUGGCGGAUGGCGGUCAAGGAGAAGCCGCUGCAGCUCAUUGCCGUUAGCGAUAUCGGAUACUUCGGUGCAGAGGCGUUCCUCCAUCCGGAGAGCUACAAGGGCCGUGGGAUCUCACUUGCUGGCGAUGACUUGACGAUUGAGCAGUUUGCUGCGGUGUUCAAGAAGAACACGGGGAAGGAGCUGCCUGGGACGUAUAGGAUCUUGUGCUGGCUUUUCAUGGCCAUGGUCAAGGACUUUGGGUACAUGUUCAAGUGGUUUUAUGACGUUGGAUAUGAUGUUGAUAUUGCGGCUUUGAGAAAGGAGCAUCCUGCGCUGAAGGACUUUGAGACUUGGUUGAAGACGGAGAGUGAGUAUGCGAGUGGCAUUCGGUCAUGAUGGCACGAGUUGGGGAGGUUGUUCAGAAUUGAGUGUGUCUUGGGUGGAAAUCGAAGUCAUGAGUGAAUAGGGUGGCGGGGCUUGUGUAAUAUUAAUAAUCGAGGAGAAGUCUAAAGUACAAUGGAGAAUAGGCACAUGAUUUUCAAGCAAC